UACCUGGUUCUUCAUUCUUCCUACAGAUACCCUGUUCAUCGCUUCACCAUGUGGAAGGUGGUGCUCCUGGUUUUAUACACAGUAUUGGCUGUAAGAGGAUUGGCAAAGUGUGCUCCUUUCCAACCGGAAGAAAAAUGGAAACCUUUAGAUAACCCUAGAAACCGAGAUCUGUUUUUCAGAACGCUCCAGGCUUAUUUUUCGGGCAGGGGUCUUGAUCUCAGAAAGUUCCCAGCUACCUUCACUAUGAACAAUGAAGGACCAAGGCCUGUCACGGUCUACUCAGAUCCCAUUGCUUCUGCAUUUGCAGAUUAUGAAGAAAAGAAAAAUACUUUUCCAAGUUACUUCAAAGGCUGAGAGAUAACACUGACUGAGGUAAAAGAGGGUGUCCUUCCCUGAAUUGUAAUCAAGUGAAAGAUUUGGUUCAGGUGAUUCUCAUUUCUGUAUGAAACAAAAAAUCAAUUUGUUAUUGAG